CACGCGCCAGACUUCACCCUCGACCUUCCCCUCACCACCUCGAGCGCAGCACCCCGCCAGCGCUCUCAACACACAUCCACCGACACACCACACCAGGAGGCCCUCUGUCUCCUUCGCUCAACCAGUUCAAGCGCCGCGCAGACGACUCGUCUGCCGACAUCUGCCCAGCAUGGCGCCCAAGAAGAAGCAAGAGAAGAUGAAUUUGGGGGAGUUUUUGACGAAUCAGUCAUUAGGAUCAUGGGCCGACGAAAUGGACUCUCAGCCCAUCCCGGCCAUGUCAGGCUACGGCCGCGACCGUGACGGCGGUGAGCGUCGUGCCUUCACACAACCUUCGUGGGAGAGAACCAGCGGUGGCAUGGGCGGCGGCAUGGGCAUGGAUCGGGGGUCGAGCUAUGAUCGUCCUCGAUUCUCCGACCGCGAAGAACUCCCCCUCCCCGACAAGCCCCCGUACACGGCUCAUCUCGGCAAUCUCACCUACGACGUCACGUCUGUCGAUAUCGAGACCUUCCUCAAGGAUUGCAAGGUCACGAAUGUGCGCAUCGUCGAAGACAAACUCGACCACAAGCCCAAAGGCUUCGGCUAUGUCGAGUUUGCGACCCUCGAAGGCCUCAAACUAGCCCUCACCUUUAGCGAAUCGAAUUUCAUGGGCAGGAACGUGAAGAUUAGCAUUGCCGAGCCACCCAAAGACCGCGAGUCCACUCGUGACUUCUCCGACUGGUCACGCAAAGGCCCACUCCCCGAUCUCCCGCAAAACACCCGCCAGCCUUCGCGCGGCUUCGGUGCCCCACGCAAUUUUGACAACAUGUCUGACGCCGGCAGCGAGCGUGGCGGAAGUCGGCGUGGCUUCUUCGAGAGCGACAACAAGGUAAGAGACUUUUCGAACUGGGAGCGUAAAGGCCCCCUUUCCCCACCCCCCAGCACCGCACCGACGAGAGAGGGAGGAGGGUUUCGGGAAGGAGCACCACCGAUGGAGAGACGGCAGAGUCCGGCAUGGGGCGAGGCAAGGACGGAGGGAUCGAGGCCGCCCAGGAAGGAGUUUGAGCCGAGGCCGCCGGUUGAGCGCAUCCCGACUGCAGCAGAGCAAGACACCCAGUGGAGGGCACGGAUGCAGCCAGACCGCUCUCCUGCUCCGACUCCCGAUGUCUCUACGCCGUCGUCGCCUCAACAACAGGCACCGAAGGAACGCCCGAGGCUGAACCUUGCGAAACGCACUGUAUCCACCGCGGUUGACGCACCCGCCGCGAGCACCACGUCGGAUUCCAAAGCGUCUCCGUUCGGCGCAGCGAAACCGAUUGACACCGCAGCGAGAGAUCGCGAGGUUGAGGAGAAGCGGGAACUGGCCAUCCGGUCGAAGAAAGAGGCAGAGGAGAAGGAGAAGGCGGACAAGAUUGCCAAGGAGGCGGCGGCCAGAGCAGCACGUGCCGAUCGUGCGGAUCAGGGCCAGGCGCAGGAAGACACCGGUGUCACCUCCCCUGGCCCGGAGGCGGGAAAGACUCGCAAACCAUCGCGUCAGCAGAACGGGGCCAAGCCGGUGCCCAACCAGAACGGCGAGGCGGCUCCUCAAGCGGCUAAGCCGAGUUUCAAGGUCCUUCGUCGCGACACCGACGGCGGCGAUGAUGGAGAAGGCGUGCCCGCGGAAGGCGAGGAGGAUGCAGAGGUACCAGCUAACGGCAGUGCCAUCGCACCCGAGCCGACGGAAGUGGUCAAAGAGGUCGACGCGACCGGCACACCCGAUGCCGAGAGCACGGCCGAGGUGCUGGAAGACGACGGAUGGAGCACAGUCCCCGCGAAGGGCAAGAAUGCUCGUCGUGGCGGUCAGCGCGCCGUUGCAUCUUAAACUGGUGCUUUACCCCUCCCCCCUCUACUGGUCUCGCUGGCAUCCUUUUCACGCCGGCGACAAAAGCUGGACACCCACACACCGUCCUCGCGACUCUUAACGUCGGGUUACGGCGUGUCUCUCACACAUGUAUACAUACGGCGACGACGACGCGUUUCACUCUCACGGCUCUUCUCUCUCUCACGGACAGGUAGUCAGGAAGAACGGCAUUCUGGAGCAAGUGUUGUGUCCCCAUCGCAUCUCCGCUGCUGUUAGUUGUUUCUCCCCGUCCGUUCUCAUGGCGCAUGCAACAGGCUGGGAGCGCAAAAAGGGAAAUGGAAUGGCAUGAAUGGUGUUUUCGAUUCGAAUUUCAUACGAGCGAGGAAUGAAGGAAGGGCUUUGGGGGGAAGAGAGAGCCUUGCUUCUCCUCCUUUUGUUCUCUACUCUGCCUGGCUGUGGUGGGUGGGUGGAGUGAUAGGUAGUCAGUCUCGAGAAUGGAAAGGAAAUGCGAAAGUUCAA